AUGACUUCAUCGCCGAGACAUUCAUACGGUAUCACACUACAUCCAUCUGCGUAUCAACCUCUGCUCAGAGUCCUGGACAUGGAUGAAUCGACCUUCCGACGACGGACAGCCGUGGAUGGGCCGAUCGGUGGCAAUGGACGCAUCGAUGUUGAUGCAGUUGCUCAUAAGGAUGAGGUUCAGUCAGCGUCCUUCCGUGCCAAUCGCGAGAGUUUCGAGCGCCUCUUGCGCGAAGGUCUCGACGUGAGAUGGGAGCAUGCUCUCGCCGAGAUUCAGACGAAACCUGAUGGUGUCAUACUCAACAUGCAAAACGGUCAAAAGAUUGUGGAGAAAUUCGUCGUCGGCGCGGACGGGCCGCACUCGAAUACACGCAUAACACUUCUGCCAAAAGUAGAACUAAAGGUUUUACCAGUAGUGGCGUUUAAUGGCAAACGACGCGUGAAGCAAAGACUGUUUCACGAAAUCUACGCACCCCACAUGAAAGACUCGAAUAUAGUGGAAGCCAGGAAGAACGGCGCGCUACUGCAUGUGUCAGUGAACGAGAAUGCGGGUGAUUCGGUGAGUGUCAGUUGGAUAUACUCACGGCUAUCGCAUGGCUCAAGCGACCCGCUACACAAACCCAACCGUCCCGUUGCUGGUGCCACGGACAUCCCGGAGAAGUUCUACGACGAGAUCGGCGCUCUCAAGGAUCUCGAGCAGCCCUUUGCGGACAUCUUUGACGAGGAAAAGCUCAGAGACGAGAGAGUGCUGCAUUGGCUGAUGCGUACUGUUAUGAUCCCGCUUUCCGAACUGCAAGCGCUGGCGAAGCAGGAUGUUAUCUUCCUUGGGGAUUCAGUACAUGCUCAGCCUAUUUUAGGUGGAUGGGGCGCGAACGCCGCGAUCAAAGACGCGAUUGAGCUGGCGGAGCACAUUGCGAAGAACGGUAGUAAAGGAGUUGCCGAUUGGUACGAGGCGAGGUAUGCAAUGUGGAGUGCGGAUGUUGAAAAGAGCGAGAAGAUGAUCAUGGAGAUGCACCAAGGGCAGAAGUGUACUCUUUAA